CACCUUGAUGACAUCAAUAAUAAUGGUAUUUAUUGUCUGCAAAUGUGAAAUAGAUGAUCUCAGGGUUACAGAUGUGAAUGUGACGACGGUAGAAAUGGAUUCUAAAUUCAAUGUAGACCUGCAAUCUCGAGAAACUAUAUAUUUUGUCAAAAAAGAACCAAGUGAAUACAUCACGAAGCAAUACCAACUUUCGUUAGAAGACCUUUCAUUGGAUGAUUGA